GUCUGGUUCACCUAACAUACAUACUAAAGCAAAAGUUUCUUGGGAUGGAGUUUCUCGUCCGAAAGAAGAAGUAGGUCUUGGUAUUCGGUCGUUUGUGUGAUUCUUCUCGUGUGUGUGCACUGAGCCUGAUUUGGCAUCUUUUAAAAAACUCAUGUCUCUCUAGGUCACUUGGACGCGAGCUUACCUUAUUUUCUCUCACUCUUGUUGGGAUCUCAUUGAAAAGUUUGCUUGAACAUGGAUCUGGUGUAAACUACAGAAUCUAAAGUUAUAUAGUAGCAAGCUUUAUUCACUGGAUAUUGAAAUUUUAAAACUGCUCUAUUUUGGUAUGAUGAUUGGUUAAACAUGGUAAAGCUUCUUGAAAUUGCAGGUGAUUCUGGUACAAGAGCUUUUGGUAUUCAUUGUUAUGCAACAGUUGCAGAGGCAUCAUCAUCUGGAUGGUGGAACAUUCAAUGACGUGGCUAUCACCUACGGGCGAUGAUAGCUCACAUCCAUUAUUCUCCAACACCGGUAAAUGAAGCUGAUGAUGAUUAUGUGCUUUGGUGACGAUAAAUUCAAGCCAACUUUCUCUUCCUCCAAGACGUGGAGUCAAACAUGUACGCACCACCAGUCAGUCAACUGGAGCAAGAUAGUCUGGUUCGCUCAGAAAAUUCCACGCUUCUCUUUCAUCAAUUGUCUCACCUUCAAAGACCGGCUGUCCACUGGUAAACAAUAGUGCAUGCUUUUGGGGUGAAAUCCAUAUUUUCCUUCUCUAUAUGGUGAGCCAAACAAAACUCGAGACCACUUAUUCCUCGCAUAUCCCUACUCAUUUACAGUUUGGACUGAGCUAGUAGGCUAUAUAUAUCUUGGGAUCGAAAGCCAAUACAAACUGGAUCAUCACAGUCUCCACUCUCCUCUUGCAGCAGUUUAACGGCAACGACAAGUGCCUCCUCCGCCUUUCCUUCCAAGCCCCGAUACACAAUGUAUGGCGAGAAAGGAACACUCAGAAACAUAAGUAUGAAUACCACACAGGCAAUCACUUGGUGCACUUCAUCGACGAGGUUAUCAGGAACCGUAUCUUAGCUCUCACGCAUAAGAACACUCCUUUCUAUAACAGGUUGAUGCAGCGCUAGCUAGUGAGGCCUUCCUCCUAUGCACCUCAGUAGAAAAACUCAUUUUUUUUACCGAUUUCUUUGCCUCAAACACUACUUAUUGUAGUUUUUUUGUUGACAAAUAAAUUUGACAUUUCAAAAACAAAAAUGUGAAUAAACGAGAAGAAAUAAAUUUGCAAUUUGGUUUUUGUCAAAUAACUGAGGCAUUUUUUUUUACAACAACUGAGGCAUUUUCUAUCAAUAGCAUUCUACACUUCUAGUAUUCAAACUGCUGAAAAUACAUGGUCUAGCUAGUAACGUUGUAUGAUGGUCAUCAACUUCUACUUGUGUUAAAAAUAAUGCGCCGUAUUGAUCAAUUUUGAUAUAUUUACAUGUCAAAUGGUUACGUGCUAUGUUGUAAAUUUUCUAUAGCUAAUGAAUAUUAGGUUACUUGACCCAAUUUGUAGUCUCGGCCAAUGAAAGAACAAAAAUGUGGUUAUUUAUUUCAGACGUGGCUUCACACACACUUUUGAUUAUGGAUUACAAUAAUGACACACUUGCUUGAUGAGGAAACAAAACCAUGACUCGGUCAUAUAUAUGACUCGUUGUCUCCUUCCUUAUUUAUUCCCGAUUGAGCAAACUCUAGUCUCUACUUCAACUUUUCCGUGUCUAGAAAUGGUUUCCCCAAACAAAAACGAUAAGAUUCACAUGCUUCCGAUUUCAGACGCAUCGUCAUCUUCAUCUCAGACUAGGGUUUUCACUUCCAGGACUCGUAGCGUUCCUCUCUCAAACCCUACUGACGAAACUGGCAACUCGAAUGCUGUGACUUUAGGCUACGCAGGUUCUCUUCCGAGCCAACGUCCUCCUUUAGUCCCAAUGACUGGCCCUCUUUCCUCUUCUACUCGUAGACCUGAACCUCUCUUCCCUCGUCCUGCUCCUCCCCCUACUCGAAGAUCUUCUGGCUAUUUUGGUGACCUGGAAGAGGUAAACUACUCCUCAGACAACGAUGAGUUAUUGAAACACGCACAUCGCCUGAGAUCUGGAAAGCUGGGGAUGUGUAACGAUCCUUACUGUACCACUUGCCCUUCUAACUAUAACCCCAAAGCAUCCCGGCUUCCCAAUCCAACUGUUUCUGCUUCCACGUUCCAUAAUGCCUUGUAUGAUGAUGCUAGAAGUUGGGCUAGGCGAUUUGCUUCUUCUGUUAAUAGAUGCUUACCUGGAAUCAUGAAUCCUCAUUCCAAAGUCGUUCAAAUAUGGACUAAGUUCUUUGCCGUCUCAAGCUUGUUAGCCAUUUUUAUAGACCCCCUCUUCUUCUUCAUCAUAUUAGUCCAAAAGAACAACAAAUGCAUAGUGAUUGAUUGGCCGAUAGCUACCGCAUUUGUUAUUUUUAGAACUCUGACGGAUGUUAUAUUCUUUGCUAACAUGCUGCUUCAGUUCCGACUGGCAUAUGUAGCUCGUGAGUCUACGGUAGUUGGUGCUGGCCAGUUGGUUGAUCGUCCCAAAAAAAUUGCUCUCCAUUACUUUCGAGGAUAUUUUAUCGUAGACCUGAUCAUAGUGAUGCCAUUUCCACAGGUAUUGGUACUAUCGGUAAUACCAGCACAGUUAGCCAUAUCCGGGACAAACUAUGCGAAAAACCUUUUACGUGCUGGAAUUCUUGUCCAAUACAUUCCAAAGCUAUAUAGACUUCUACCACUGCUUGCUGGACAAACACCAACAGGCCUCAUAUUUGAGUCAGCUUGGGCUAACUUUGUUAUUAAUCUUCUCACCUUUAUGCUUGCUGGACAUGUUGUCGGCUCUUGCUGGUAUCUUUUCGGUUUGCAGAGAGUUAACCAAUGCCUUCGAAAUGCUUGUGGUCAUUCUGGGCGUGAAUGUAGAGGUCUUAUUGAUUGUGGCCAUGGAAAUAGUAAUAUAUCAGCAUCCCUACGAGCUAUCUGGAGAAAUAGUGCGAGUGCAAAUGCUUGUUUCCAAGAAGAUGGGUUUUCUUACGGAAUAUAUUUGAAAAUGGUCAAUCUUACAACUCAUACUAGUCUCUUGACAAGAUAUAGUUACUCUUUGCUAUGGGGAUUUCAGCAAAUUAGCACGCUUGCUGGAAACCAAGUCCCAAGCUACUUUUUCCCUGAGGUCGUUUUUACUAUGGGUAUCAUCGGACUUGGACUUUUGCUUUUCGCGCUUCUUAUUGGUAAUAUGCAAAACUUCCUUCAGUCUCUCGGUAAAAGGAGCUUGGAAAUGACGCUAAGACGGCGUGAUGUAGAGCAGUGGAUGAGCCAUAGACGGUUGCCAGAAGGGAUAAGAAAGAGGGUGCGAGAGGCAGAGCGUUUCAAUUGGGCUGCUACCAGAGGAGUUAACGAAGAGUUGCUCUUUGAGAAUAUGCCUGAUGACCUUCAAGGAGAUAUAAGAAGACACCUCUUCAUAUUUCUCAAGAAAGUAAGAAUAUUUUCGUUGAUGGAUGAAUCAAUUUUAGACUCAAUACGUGAGAGGCUGAGACAGAGGACAUACAUAAGUGGUAGCACAGUCUUGCACCGCUGGGGUCUGGUGGAGAAAAUAGCUUUCAUAGUGAGAGGUGAGAUGGAGAGCAUUGGAGAAGACGGUUCUGUUCUUCCUCUAUCAGAAGGAGACGUUUGUGGUGAAGAACUUCUCACUUGGUGCCUUGAACGCUCUGCUGUAAACCUCGAUGGGAGGAUGCUUUCCAAGGGAUUGCUUAGCAGCAGAAAUGUUAAGUGUGUGACAAACGUGGAGGCGUUUUCGCUGAGUGCAGCAGACCUUGAGGAUGUAACGAGCUUGUUCUCGAGAUUCUUAAGGAGCCAUCGAGUCCAAGGAGCCAUAAGAUACGAGUCUCCUUAUUGUAGGCUACGAGCAGCUACGCAGAUUCAAGUGGCUUGGAGAUACAGAAAGAGACAGCUCCGGAAGUUAAGCACUGCUCAAAAGAAACAAUAUUCGUUGGAGUUAAUCAAAAAAGACAUGGCGAAAACAUAGAAAGAGAUGCAAGAUAACUGCUUCAUUUUAUUCACUCAACCUGUAUUUCAUUUUGCCGCUAAAGUGCCAGAUUUAAACCAAACCUGGAGAACAUAAGUGGCUAAUGUCUAAAAGGAAAUCUGUAUUCAUCCACAUAGGAUGUAAAACGAUCGAUCAUAUUAUGACACAUUAGUAUUUCAGUUUAUUAUUUUUAAAAUGUCAAUAUUUCCAAAAAAUGUUUACUUUAAAAUAAAAUAAAAAUAAUAUCAAAUAAGGUAAACUACUAAAAUUUAAAAAAUUAUAACUAAAUUAACUUAAUAUCUAUAAUAAUAUAAUUUUGAAAUUUAAAAUAAAAUAAAAUAAUGAUAGUAAUUAAUUCUAAAAUGCAAAAAUUUCAAAUAAUUAUAACAAUAUAUAUUUAACUCAUGAUUCUCAAAAUUUAGGCUAUAAAUAUUAUUGAAAAUAUCCACAAAAUUAAGGCUAUAAGCGUCCACAUAGGAUUUAAAACAACUACUCAUAUUAUGACGCAUCAGGCUUUUAGUUUAUUAUUUUCAAAAUUAUUAAUAUUUCCAAAAAUGUUUUAAUUUAAAAUAAAAU